UAAGAAAUAAUUUUGUUUUGGUACGCUGCAGUGGUGAGGGCGGGGAUGACGUCAGAGAGAGAGGGAGCAAAAGAGAGAGGGAGCAUGGCACCGCAGAGACGUUGAUGCACAAGAUUAUAGCGAAUUACAAUUAAACGUCGAGUCACGUAGAAAACCGCAAUCCAAUCAACAGGAUAUCGUUGUUAUGAUUUGUCUGUAAAGGUAUGAUGACAGACUGUCACCAGCAGCUUCAUCAAAAAGAAUGGGGCUCAGGCUCAAUGGCAAGGUACAGCAGAGUCACAGGAUGGUAGUCUUUGUGGUCAUCUUCAUCCUGAUGACCCUGCUCUUCCUGUAUGGCUCCAACAACAGCAGCAGUGAGGCCUAUAUUCCCAUCCAUGUGGCUGUGAACCGGUUUCUAAUAAACACAGAUUUAAAAAAGUGGGCUGGGAAAGAGGGGUACAUGCCACUUCAUCGGAACAAGAGCAUGAAACUGCACUGCCACAAGUGUGCACUUGUUACAAGUUCCAGCCACGUCCUUGGGAGUGGAGCGGGUGAAGAGAUCGACCACACAGAGUGUGUGAUCCGCAUGAACGACGCCCCCACAUCGGGGUAUGAGGUGGAUGUGGGCACCAGGACCACCCUGAGGGUUGUGGCCCACUCCAGCGUGUUCAGGGUUGUGCGUAGGCCUAGUGACUUUCUAAAUUCCACAGACAAGAACUCGGUGAUGAUAUUCUGGGGACCGCCCAACAAGAUUGGCAAAGAAGCCAAAGGACCACUGUACAGACUGAUUCAGAGAGUCAGCGCCACCUACAGUAACAUGUCUUUUUAUACCAUCAACCAAACCAAAAUGCACAGAUUUGACACUCUCUUUCACCGGGAGACGGGGAGAGACAGACAAAAAUCCCACUCGUGGCUCAGCACAGGCUGGUUCACCAUGGUCAUAGCCAUUGAGACGUGUGACAGCAUCAAAGUGUAUGGGAUGGUUCCACCGAGCCACUGUGGGAAAAAACACGUCUCCAAGAAGAUGCCGUAUCAUUACUACAAACCCCGGGGGCCUGACGAAUGUUUAACAUACCUGCAGAGUGAGAGUGGCCGCAGGGGAAACUACCAUCGCUUCAUCACAGAGAAGCAGGUGUUUGGACGAUGGGCAAAGCUGUACAACAUCACCUUCACUCAUCCCUCCUGGUGAAACACUGCUGGGAUAUUUUUAACAUCUUCCUACUGGAUUCUUAAAAUAGACACGCGGUGAUUAAGUGGCAGCUUCUGUGAUGGAAAAAACAUUAGCAGGAACGAGCGACCGAGACGAUCCAUCUCCCACGGCAGGAAGUCACCUCAGAGAGAACUCUUCAUUCUAUCUCUAUUAUUGUGAAAAUGGAAACAAAUCUACUUAAAAGUGUUUUUUUAAACCAGUUAUAUUUUUGUUAAGUAUUAAAGAAAUGCACUGCUUCCCAUAUUGAAAGAAGCUUUACCAACAAGUAUUCAUAUAACAGAUGCAGUAUAUGUGAAUAAAUGGACCAUAGAAUAUGCAGUAAUA